CUUUUUCUCCCUGAUAAUCUACUGUUCCACAUCCAGUCCGCUAGGUGGCGGCCUUUAAAUUGGAUGCCAGCCGGCCCAUAGAUAUCUAUGAGCCAGCCGGCCGCCAAUCAAAUUGAAGAAGAAGGAAGCACAUACGUCACGCAAAUCGAGCAGCCGUGUGCAGCAGGUGCAGAUGGGAGAGACAGCGUGAAAGAUAACAAUAUGGAUACUGGUAUUAAUCCAAAAAAACGGAAAGAAAAGGGUGGGGCUGAGAAGCUGGCCAAACGCUAUGGUAACGUGUACAGCCUUUUCAUUGGUCCCAGGCCUGUGGUGGUCAUCAAUGGGCUGCAGGCCUUGAAAGAAGCUCUGAUCAACAAAGCUGAUGACUUCUCUGGCAGACCACAAGACCAAAUGGUUAAUCAUGCUGUAGUAGUGAAAGCAAAUGCUCCCGGAGUGGUUCUAGCAGAUUAUAACCCUGCCUGGAAACAGCAACGACGCUUUGGUCUGAUGACCCUGAGAAACCUUGGUCUGGGGAAGCACUCAAUGGAGCAGAGAAUUCUGGGAGAGAUACAUCGCAUGACAAAGAUAUUGGAGCAAAGUGUUGGUAUGUCACAGGAACCCAGAGUCCUGUCCAGCUCUCCUCAUAUAUGGGCCGGCCUUCUGAUCUCCUCCAGUGAGGCUUGUGACUGCAAGUAUGGAUGUGCCAUCCUGGAGGAGCUAGAUUACUUGUGCAACCUGAUUGGGCUGCAGGAAGGCCACCGGAGCGUCGGAGCACAGCAUCCCUCAGGAUCCUACGCCGGGCAGAGGAGGACGCAGACCGGGAUGCAGGCCGUUGAAGCUCCGUGGCGGAGGAUCCAGUCACCUGAGCACUGUCGGCCAGCAGUGGAGGGAAAUCUGAGGUGUAGGCAGUCGGUGGUUUCGGGUCCAGAUCCUGACGAGGAGGAGCCGCCGCUGCUGGGGGGACAUCAGUUGGGUGGACCGGAUUGUUAUCAGCAGACAAGGCCGCGUAGCGGUUGGAGAGACUCAGGCGAGGCGCGACUUUAG